AUGAGAGUCAAGAGCUUCUUGUUGUGGUCUCCGGUGCUGGCGAAGCACUAUGUAGUGAGCAACCCGGCGGAGUUGAGUGUGUGUCACAUUCUUCAGUUCCGGAUCGGAUUGACAAAGUUCGCGUCUUUGUUGUUCAACGGAGACACGUUGAUGGGGAACAUGCAGUCUUUGCACGAGGCGUUGCAGGUGCCAGAGACGUGGGAGCGUGUGAAUUCACUAAGUACGCCUCCCAAGAGCGCUUCGCUUCUGGCGGAACAGGGCCGCUCGGGACAUUGUGCCGAGAUCGACGAAAUGGUAGAGUCGCUGGCGACCCGCGGUGGGGAGGUGUUGACCGGCGGCGACCCGUCUGCGAUGCUAACGCAGUUACCGGCUCUGAUUGACAGUCACUUGGCCAUCCUCAACGCGACCGCUCUCGGGAUCGACCACGACGUCUUGCGUGCCAAAUUUAUCCACAGCUCGGUCGCGACGCCGUUAGCUGUGGUCAUCCCUUCCUGUACCACGCUGCCCUUUGGUGAGCUCGACGCAGACGGGGACCUGCAGUCCGAAGAGUCCUUCCUGUACAACUGGAACACGGCCAUGAAGCUCCACGGAAAAGAAAUCUUCUCCGAUUUCAUACAUCGUCUCCAACAGUGCAACGGCUGCUUUGAAGACCUCCUCUCUAAAGUUGCUCAGGAAGCAGACGUAUCCAUCGACCGAGAGAAGACCGCUUCGCUCAGCGUCCAAGGACUCACCGCCCUCCGUAGUGCCCUCGAGGCAAACAACUUCGAGGACGUACCCCCCACAACCGGCGGCGUAAUCGGCUUCAUGAUUGCACACAUCCUCGAGGUAACACAAGGUCGGGUCAAUCCCGCUGCACUCUCCAAAGCUGCUGAAGACCUCAUCGCCAUGCUCAGCGCACUCAACGAAGAGGUCAUCAAUGGACCGAGAGUCGUGCUCCCCGCUUAUGAAGAAUUCUAUCAUGCCAUGGGGUGCUGA